AUGAGUCCCACGGCAGUUUCAGAAAUCACGGUUCCUGUGAACAACCCGGUUGCAAAGUCCAAGGGAGAUCAGCAGCAGCAAGAGCAAAAGCCACAUGUCUACGGAGGGGAAGGCUUAACAGCCCUUCAAGCCCUGUCUCAUGGCGGAAUUGCCAUUCCCGGAAUCCCCAGCUUCACCUCCCAGGAGCUGAAACGCCAUUGGCAACUCGAGCACAUGGCAGGGGCCUUCCGCAUCUGGGCCCGUCACGGCUACACAGAGGGGAUGUCCGGCCACAUCAGUGUCCGGGACCCCGAACACACCAACGCCUUCUGGACAAACCCUCUAGCCGUGCACUUUGGCAUGCUAAAAGCCAGCGACAUGGUCCUCGUGGAUCUCAGCGGUAACUUCAUCGGCGGUAACCGCUCGCGGCCCGCCAACGCAGCCGGCUUCCUCAUUCAUGCUGCCGUGCAUAAGGCACGCGAGGACGUUCAUGCCGUCUGCCAUGCACAUACCAUCUAUGGGAAGGCGUGGUCAUCGUUUGCACGCCCUCUGGAGAUGCUGAAUCAGGACGUGUGCAAAUUCUUCCGUGCACAUAGCGUGUAUGAGUCUUAUGGAGGGGUGGUGUUGGCCGCGGAGGAAGGGGACUUAAUUGCCAAGGCUUUGGGGAGUGGCAAGGGGUGUAUUUUGAUGAACCAUGGGUUGCUGACGGUCGGGGGAACGGUGGACGAGGCGGCAUAUUUGUUUGGGUUGAUGGAAAGGAGUUGUCAGAUUCAGUUGUUAGCCGAGUCAGCCAGUGCGAAUGGGUGUAAGAAAAUACUAAUUUCGGAUGAGGAGGCGGCGUAUAAUUUCAAGAUGGAGAGUGAUCCGGAGUCUCUGUAUUGUGAGUUUCAACCUGAUUAUGAGAGAUAUGAAAAGAUUAAAGAAUAA